AUGACUGGGCAGGUUGAACAAGCUCAUGGUGGGCAUAUCCUCGUCAGCCUGAUAUUUAACCUGAGAAAAUCAUUCAAUGACUUUGGGAUAGAUUCCAAUCCUUAUGCUCCUUUGAAAUCGACAUCUCAGUCAACAGCUGAGUCAACACCAAAAUCUAUCGUCGAGUUUUUUCACUUAUUUAAUCAAACGCAGACGAGCUCACCAAAUCGUGUCACUAUCACACCGACAGGAACGUCACGUACGACGACCACUACAUCUCGUUUGACGUCAAAGUUACCCAAAAGAUCAGAUGACGCCUACGUUGAUCCUCAAAUCGGUUGUCGUGAAAUUUUGCCUUCCGGAUCUACAACCAGUGGAACUCCGAGGAAAGAUUACGUCGAAUCGCAAUACUUUCUGAAGCCAUCAGAGAAUCCAAAAGGUCAUCUGGUAACUGCAUCAAUGAAAAGACCACCUAUGGUCGAAGCUACAAGUACACUCAUCACCUCCACGAACACCACCACCAUCGCCACCCUCAAGCCACCUCCUACUCAGACUGUGAAAUUUAACAUGGGGCCGAUUUUGGGCAACCUAGGCAACCACCCUGAUUUGUUAGAGUGUUCUACACAAGAAACGACGAAAAGUCGUACCAACGUAUUUGAAUAUGCUACAGAAAAAGAGACUUUUAAAGAACAGCUUGGUGACAUUCAAUUAGUUAAAGCGAAGAGAGGACGAAACGUUCAAGAAAUUCUGAAAAGACUCCCAAUUCGAGAAUCGAAAACUAGCGACGAAAUUGUUUCUGAUUCGGUAGGUGUUGAAGUGGUCGACGUUUUGCGGUAA